AUGAACCAAGGUCCGCCGUACAUGGACAUGCAUGCUCCACACCAUAUGUCCUCUGCGCCGUCCUACUCGCAUCCUGCAUCCGCUGCUCCCAUGCAGCAUUAUCCGCAGUAUCAGCCUCAGCCGGUCAUGCAGCCUAGCUCGGCGCAUUACGGUCCUCCGCCUACAUACUCAAGCUAUGGUUAUCCUAACGGUGUGACCUCGCCCCAGUCAGCAGGAGGGCAUAUUGGGCCUGGCGUGCAAUCCCAGAACAUUCAGCUUCCUGCCAUGUCCAUGGGUGGUGCCCCUCAGCAUGCUGGUUAUCCUCCCCAGAGUACUCCUUCGAACCAGCAGUACCCUGCAAAUCCCUACGAUCCUACGGGCCAGAAUGCUCCGCCGGGUAUGAAGCCUCGUGUGACCGCGACCCUGUGGGAAGAUGAGGGUAGCUUGUGCUUCCAGGUCGAAGCCAAGGGCGUCUGCGUAGCGCGAAGAGAAGAUAACCAUUUCAUCAACGGUACCAAGCUCUUGAACGUUGCAGGCAUGACUCGAGGUCGUCGUGACGGUAUCUUGAAGUCCGAAAAAACGAGACAUGUGGUCAAAAUUGGACCCAUGCACCUCAAAGGCGUUUGGAUCCCUUUUGAACGAGCCCUUGAGUUUGCCAACCGGGAAAAGAUCACCGACUUGCUCUAUCCUUUGUUCGUUCAUAACAUCGGUGGCCUGCUGUACAAUCCCGAAAGCGCACCUCGCACCAACAAUCUCGUCGCAGCGACGACUGAGCGUCGACGCAUGGACAGUAUAGACGGUGGUCGCCCUCCCUCGUCUUCUGGUGGUGCGCCCCCACUCCAUCAUCACCACUCGAUGUCAGGACCAAUCCCAGGCCAAGCGCCUCCAACUCCCCACUCGAUUGCGCCCAAUCCAAAUGCUGGUCGACCUGGCCUUGAUCGUGCUCACACUUUUCCCACCCCACCCACCAGUGCUUCUAGCGUGAUGGGCAUGGGCAAUUCUGGUGGUCCCGGCUACGAAUGGGGCGCCCAACCUAUGGCAAACGGGGUCAACGGCGCACAGCCGCUCUCAAUUGAUACUGGCAUUAACGCUCGAUCCAUGCCUACCACCCCGGCCACCACGCCCCCAAGCCAAUCCCAACAGAACAUGCAGGGCUAUCAAGGCCAGCCCGGCUAUGAUACCAAGGCGACGUACAACACUCCGGGCUCAGUACCUGGAUAUCCUCCUCAGUCAGAUGCGAGAUAUGGCCAGCCUCCUACAUACACCAAAAGCGAGAUGGGACCACCUUCCGCUCCUGGUGCCGCGCCCCUUGAGGCACACGAUGGUAGUCAUGGCCAAGGCCAUGAGCACGACGCUGGCCAUGGAGAGAACGGCUACAUGUCUUCCAACGCGGCUGCCUAUGGCGCCAGCCGCGCCUAUAGCUACAACCCAGCAUCCGAUCACCCUCAUCUGUCACCAGAGAUGACCGGCUCGCCUCACCAAGCUGCGUCUGGCCGUGGCACCCCUCGCACCAUGCCUCCUGCUCAAGCUGGCUGGGGUGCUCACGACUACCAGACUCCUCCACGUGGAUCGACCUCGAGCAAUGUUUAUAAUGUAAUGGGAAAUACCAACAGCUCCAACGGACCCAGCUCUGAUGGUGCGUACCCAAGUUCGGCCUACUCCGGAACUGGCAUGCAGUCGGCUAAGCGCGGGCGCGAAGACGAUGAUCAAGAUCGGCCUGGUAGCCGAGAUUUCGACUUCAAGCGCCAAAAGACUGGUCCCGUCCGUCAGGAGCCCUUUGGCAUGCCUUUGAAUGCACCUCACAUGCAGGCGAUCAAGACUGGUGGACAGCGCUGA